CUUAAUUCUGCCAAUGCCACUACCAUCUUUAUAUAAACGUAUCUCCCUCUCUUCAUUGCUAAGUUUCUCACAAUCACUCUUUCUCUCUCUCCCCCCACACACAUAGACACUCUCUCUAGUCUGUCUCUUACUAUGGCCAUGAGUGUUGAGAAUCAAGACCCUAAUGACAUAGGAUUCUUUUGGGAUAACCAACCAUGGGAUGUCUCAAAUUUUGAUAACUUAGGUCAAAGAGAAACCAAAGAGAACCUACAUAUAGAAAUGCCUCCUCUGCCACCAGCUCCUACCAACCACCUCACACAGGGAGAAAUAGAGAAGAAAAAUGAAGAAUUAACGAUGCCGGUUACAAGCAACAAGAAGCGACGCCGAGCUGACGAAGAUGGCAAGAGGCCUAUGAAGAAUGAUGGUAAUGAUCAUGAUCUCCAUAUAUGGACAGAGAGAGAACGAAGGAAGAAAAUGAGGGACAUGUUUGCUAAUCUUCAUGCUAUGCUUCCUCAACUUCCUCCUAAGGCAGACAAGUCAUCCAUUGUGGAUGAAGCAGUGAGGCACAUCAAAACUCUGCAACAAACGGUUGAGAAUCUCGAGAAAAAAAAGCGACAGAGGAUUCAAUCUCUCUCUGUCUCUGUGUCACCAAUUGCGUGCGAAUCUGCUGUGACCAACCCUCAGUGGAACCCUUACGACUCAUCAUCCUUGUCAAGAGAUAAUAAUGCAUUAACUAUAACCGCCACUCAACAUGUUUCUGCUGCUGUUGCAAAUAAUUCACCGUUUUUUAAGACUUGGGCUUCACAGAAUGUGGUACUGAACAUGUGUGGAGAGGAAGCACAGUUCAGCAUAUGUGCAGAGAAGAAGCCUAGUCUCUUCACCACCAUUGCUUUUGUGCUCCAGAAGCAUAAGGUUGACGUCAUUUCUGCUAGUAUCUUGUGCAAUCAUAAUGUCAAUAGAUACAUGGUCCUUACUCAUGCAAGUAGGGCUUUACUUCAAUUUGCAGACGCAAAUACAGUGGAGGAAACUUUCAAGCGUGCAGCUGAGGAGAUUAUGAUGUGGCUCGGCUAAAGCUUUUGAUGAUUAAAGAACUUAUCUAGUUGUUGUUCUGUUUAAUUUGAAUUUUAUUUUCCCUAAAAAGUUAUGUCAUCUUAUUAGCUUUACGGCCAAACUUGGAUGGUUAGAGCAAAGAGAUGUGCAUAUAAUAUAUAACAAGUGUUUAUCUUUAUGGUUUAUUUUGUCUUGUUUUAAAUGGUUUUCGCUCUCCAAUACCAAAUUUGGUCCUGACUCCAUGGUGGAUCAUUUUACCAUAUUAUUAAUAUUAUGUAGAAUUUCAUUCUGUU